AUGUCUACCACUCAGGAGAGCCUUGAGAAACUGGAGGCCGGUCGUUUCAGGUUCUUGAAUGAACAGCUGUAUACAAUGACUGGUUCGGAAGCUUGGGAAUACUUUAAAGAAGAUCCCGAUGCUUUCCGGUGUUAUCACAAUGGAUUUGCUGAGCAGGUGAAAAAAUGGCCGAACCAUCCUCUCUCUUCCAUAAUACGGUGGCUGAAGGCCAAACCAAGUGGAUCUGUUGUGUUCGAUAUGGGAUGCGGGGAAGCGAAAAUAGCGGCUACCGUUGGUGAAAUACAUAAG